GUCGGGCCGAGCCGGGACCAGGAAGCGCGGACCGGGCGAGCCGCGGAGGGCGCCGGCGGGUGAGAUGGGGAACCGCUGCGGCGGCUGCUGCUGCUGCGCCGGCGGGAACUGCCCUUUGCUAUUUGAGAGAAAAAAAGAAAAACCAGGUACAAGAAUCAGUAAGCAGAGUAUACAGAUCCCAGAGAACAAUAAGGGACUUGACGUUGCCCCGGUGUAUGACGACGUGUCAGAGUUCCCUGUCUACGCCACCGUGAGCAAGCCCAAGAACAUGAAGCAUGACGAAAGCAGCGUGCACUAUGCGGACAUCCAGGUCUUCACUAAAAUCCGGGAACGUUCAGCUGAGGAGGUGAAAAAUCUCCAGUCGCAGAAUGCUACGGAGUACGCCACCCUCAAUUUUCCCCGAGCUGCCCCAAAAUACGACAACAAGAACGGUACUCUGGUGUAAAAGCCAAAGAUUUCCUUGCUAUCCUUCUACAGAAAAGUUAUGUCACAAACUGCAGAUGCUCAGCUGUUCUUGCUUGUGAACGCUCAGAAAGAUGGCCAUCUGGGCCAGGUCAGAAUGGACUCCUGGGAGCAAGUGUUUCUUUUUUCUUGCACUUUGGGCAAAGUAGUAAAUGAUGUUUCAGGAGAAAAAUGGCUUCUUGUAUCCUGUUACCAAGCAAGAUAGUGAGGAGACAGUACUGGAGGAUGAAGCACAACUGAAACAUGGAGUAAAGAAGAUAAUGUUUUGUAAGACUUCUAAGAACUUUCCAUAAGCAAUAAUUGCAGGAUUCUGUUAUAUCAAUUCAGCUCUCUCUGAAAAUAGAUGAGGUUCCCCCCCGCCCCCACAACACUGGGGGGAAAAAGGCACACUACAAAAACAUUUUGAGCUGCCUUAACUUAGACAUUCAACCCCAUUCGCAGCAAGAGGAUUAUUCCCAGGGCAAAGGCUGUGUGAAAUUUUGAGUGUGUGGGAAAUUCAGGGCAUACUUCCAUCUGGGUGGGAGAAAUGGGUACGGACUUCCUUUGUCAGUGUAAGAAGUGGAUAAUUCCUUUGGCAGCUUAGCUCAUGAAAAGACAAUUAUCCAUUUUCUCACCAGACCGAAAUAGCAACCCUGGUCCUGAUUACACAGGGCUAUUGUAGAACGAUCCGUGAGGCAGGUGUUGAAAGAGAAAGACUUCCCAGCACAGUUUCCGUGCAGUUAAAUUGAUCCAGGAAGAGGACAGUUACGAUGUACAACGGCAGGUUCCGCACAUCCUAAAAUUAGCUUAUUUUCAAGUAAAAGGUGAUCAGUGCACCCUCCUGCCCUCUUACGGUGUUUAUUCUCGGAGAGGAAAUGUUUAGGAGAAGAUGCCAGGUGAGGGCUUCGGCAGAAGGUCUGAGCUCUUCAUCUUUCCUCUGUCCUUUUACAUGGUGGGGUUACGGACAUAUCAUUCUUUAAAGUCUGAUCAUUGCAGAGGCCAUAAGGUACUCCUUGGCCCUGUAACGUCUGGGACACAAGGAAGGGCUGGUGUGAGAGGUUGGCGGCAUCAGAACUGCCACCGCUCCAACCUGGAGCUUCAUCGUUGGCCUGCUCACCCAGCCUCCCUGCUGGGCUGUUUGAUCCCCUCCUCUGUCUCGUUUCCUGGCUCAUAGGCUAGACAUCCUCCCACAGCGGGCUCAGAGUCGAACAAGGCAGGCCAGUCCACUAGCAGGACAAACUUUGGGCAGUCCUUCUACAGAUUUCUGGCCUGAAGACAGCCUGUUCCUCAACCUCAUUUUCCGAGGACAGCUGUCUUGGGGCUUCUCCGGUCCCUCCGCUGUGCAGGAGUUCCAGUCUAUGGAAAUGAAGCGUAUCCAUCAUCUUGCAAGGGCAGGGCCAACAAAUGACCUGGCUCCUGUCUCAACAAGAGAAUUAUCUGGCCAAUAUUGUCUGUGGUUUGCUGUCCAAAGUCCUGCUUUCUCUUUGUAUUGUUGGUACCUGCCUUGGCUCCCAAGCCAUCCUGCUUCCUCCAGGGCUCCAUGCUUGUAUGUGGAAGCAGAACCAAGGUUAGGAGAACAAGCAUCAUUUUAUCUUGAUCCCUCAUGGGUUUCCUGGCCUCCCUGCUCUUUGGAAGAGUCUAAUGUCUGCUCCCCAGCAUCCAAUAGCAGUGUGGCAUCUAGGGAGGGUCCUACCCAGAAAGGCCUGGGAGAGACUCCACCCCUCCUGGAAGCUACUACUGCUCAGAAACGGUCAGCCUUAGCAGGUAGACCAGAUUGGGAACACGAUCAGAUAAACUAAUUCCACUUUACUGUAAAGCUACAUUAGCAGAAUCUUGCAAGUCUGAAAGUACAGUUCUCCCGCCGUCCCCUUUGCAACCCAGGGAACUAGGGAGGGUCCCUUCAGAGCUUCUUGCCCCACAGCUGUCGAGCUGUGGGCUAUGCCACCUCUUAUCUGACCAUUCCCUAGGCAGCAUCUCUUUGCCCUGUCUCCCCACAUACCAUUACAGAGACUCACCCUGACUUGCCUUGCCACUCUCUCUCUGGUGUGGAUCAGACAAAGGUGGCAGCCAAACAAAUGGUAGUGAUGAAAGGUCAGCAGAGAAGGGUGGCCACUGGAGGACAUUCAGUUGGAGAAGGAUAGCCUAGUGCGUAUGGUAGGCGCAAAAAAGACUUGGAAGGUAGAAGAGCAAAACAGCCUAAGUAACCCCGUUCUGUAUUGCUUUGCAUUGGAUGCACACUACUCUAACUUCAAAAUAUUGUCUCAGAUAAGUUGGUUUGUCAGGAUGAUUGGUUGGUUGAUUGGCUUUUACAGCUAGUGAAACUAGGAAUGGGUGGUGUGAAAUUUGCUUUCCAGCUCCAACAUUGGAUCCUGUUGAAUAAUAGGGAUUCAAGAUAUAUCUGUCUGCCAGCUGUGGAAGAAAAGCUUCCCAUGGUCCAUAUUUUAUCUGUUUCCCCUCAGAACUCUCAGCCUGCAAAGGGGUCUAGUUUACCUGUUUGGCUUUGGAGGUACAAUAUAUUUAACAGAUAAUCAAAUGCUUUGUGAAGAAACAGAAAUAAAUUGCUCUAAGUAACAGCGGUAUUAACUUUUUUAGCAGGCACUAAACAGAAGACCUGUGAACACUGAAUUUGUUCUGAAAUGAUUUUCCCCAGAUGUUUAUUCCUUGCAUAGAAUUUUAUCAAUCAUGAAGACACAUUUUCUGUGCUUCCUAAUCCUGUUUAUUUAUUGAACUGGAAUGAAUUCAGAUCAGAAAUUGGGAUGCGAUCUCUCAAUGUUUGACAAGCUCAAAUAUUGUUUUAAAAUGGUCACAGCACUAGCCCUCAAGGCAGCAGAAAGAAUCUAGAAGAUAUUGCAAAGUGCUGCUUUUUAAAAUUUCUAGACUGUAUUUAGGACUUUAAGAGGUUUACUCAGGAUUUUGAGUAUUGGGAUUCACAGUGACAAGGCAAUAGUUACAUUUAAUUUAAAAAUAAUUUGGUGAGCAGAUAUGGCACUUUGUUGCAAUACAGAUGAAAUACUGGAGAAUUUACAGAACUGCAGAAGUUGAAGUAUGAAGAACUCCCCCAACUUUAAAUAAACUGGGCAGUUCUACCAGUUUUUUUAUGUGCUUUUUACUCAAUGCAGUUCUUUUGGGGCAUGAAAAUAGGUGUCAGCCGCCAGCCAUUGGAAAACAGAGGACCAGUGUGACCAAAUCCUUGGAAGAACAUCCAAUAAAUGUAGGAAUAUCCCAUGCAAUUCAAUGAAUAUUCUUUUUCCAGCACCGAACUCCACUUCAUGGUACCGGUCGCUGAUUGUUUUCAAGCCAGUUUGUGCAACAGUGUCACAGAAACGGCACAAACGGGUCCCUUUCUUGAGAGCUAGCAGCUGUAAACCAAAUGAAUUCUCUGUUAAUGCAAGCAGGCCCAUCAGCUGUGAAUUUUAGCUUAGGAAAUGCAACCUUGCGAUAAUUAUCCUUCAAUAUUAGGGUUAAUCUUUAGCCAGCCUGACCGAUAGGUUAUGAAUUGCUCCAAGUACUUCAGCGUGAACGGAUCUCACGCCAGCCCUCCAAGCUUCACGGUGAAUGUAUGUGGUGAAAUGUUUCUCUGGAACAACAGAAGGGACGUUUUGUCUUGCUUUAUUUGGCCCCGUUGUUCUUGCUUGUGUUUACUUUCACCCAUGCUUUUCAUAAUGAACAAUUCUCGAUCUUAGCACAAGCUGUUUUCUCUUGCAAAUAUAUUGGGAUAGCUCUGGACAGUUUCCGUUGGCAAAAAAUAGCAGAAGGGAGCAGUUGCUCUGUUAAACAUUUCUGUGAAGGAAAUGGAUUCCUGGACUGUGUUCAGCAACCGCGAAGCUGGAAAGUAGUGAAAUCUGUACAUGCCCUCAUUCUAAUUAUCAAUAUUUGUAUAAUGAAUAGCGUAAUAACAUUAGAAGUCGUACUAAGAGGACAGUUUUCUGGAAAGUAUGUCUGUGUCUUGAAAGGUAUGUUUUCUUCCUCAUUUCGGUGUUGAUAGAGUUAUUGGAAGUAGUUAAUAAUUUCCUGGCUCCUUGUUCAGGAGCUGCACACUUUAUUACAGAAGAAUAAAUAUUUUUAUAGUUAA